GGACGAAAGGGGUGGGAGGACUCGCCAGGGCACUGACCAGGGAUCGGCACAGCCCUCAUGCCCGAAUUCCAAUGCAGCUUGAGCCCAGCGUCCCAUCACCCCAUUUCCAUUUUUUUUGUCUUCACCGUUUCUUCAUCAAACUCUCUUCCCUUCAGCCCACAUCAACAUGGACCAGUCAAAAUGGGAUCUCUACAAGGCCGAGAUCCGUCGUAUCUAUAUGAUAGAGCGCAGAACGCUAAAAGAAUUGCGCAACUUCAUGGUCACGACCCAUGGGUUUCAAGAAAAAGAAAGCCAGUACCACAGGAAACUCAAACAAUGGCGAUUCAGGAAGUACCGCAUGGGUGCUAAGAAGUGGAUUUACGUCAAGCGACAGAUCGAAAAGAGAAAAAAACUGAAUAAAACAAGUGAGGUGUUUAUUAAUGGUGAACGGUGCCCCCCCCAUGUUGUCCGGGCCGAAAUUCGUCGACAGGGAUUUGAACCGGUAGUGGACAUCUAUAAAACAGCACCGUCUCCCGGGGCUCGAGAUGAUGUUAGGGUCUGUACUCCUGGCCCAUUGACACUGCAAGUAUGGCCUUCGGAUCUACCGUGGUUCAACUUCUCGCAAACCGCCUUGCGUGAUAUUGCACAGAAUCAUUUCCCGCAGAGGGAGAGUCUCUCCCAUUCCUCUCUUUCCGCUCUCCACGAAAAAGACAGUUAUCUUGAACUCGUCAGCAAAAAAAUCACGACCCGCCUCGGUUCCCUUCUGGCCGGAAAAGCUGCAGACUGCUCAUAUACUUCCGAGGGUAGCUCUCGCAUGGCCGCUGUUUUGAGCACCAUCAUGCCGGAAGAACAUAUGGGUCAAAACAUGAACAUAUCGGACUGUCUCUGUCGAAUAAGGGAUGAGGCGGACUUGACUGGGGUCAUACGUAUUGCUCUGUUCAUGAUGUCUAACAACUUCUGGCUACAAGCAACCAAUGCGUCGGGAAAUGAAAUCCGUACCGAAGAUGAAACGGUUCUAAGAGUCUUUUAUCUAUCUGGGCUGUAUGCAGACCAGAACAUCAGGAGCCUACUGUCUAUGCCCGGUGCAACGGCACACGCUAUUUCUCUGAGACUCUGGGCCAGUGCCGUGAGGACACAUAAUUUGGAGGCCGUCCAAUCACUAUUGAAAGCGGGCAUAAAUCCAGACACUCCAGUACUAUUCAAUGAUGACCCGGUUCAACCUUUGGAGAUAGCAACCCAAUCUCAAAAUAACGCUGUCGCGCUGGAGAUGAGUUGUUCGCUUUUGUCUUACAAUGCUUGUUCCAAAGAUUCUCAAACGCUAGAGUCAGCAUUAUAUCAUGCAACAGAAGCUGGAAAUAAGUGUCUUAUGGAAUUGUUUCUUUCAAAGGGGGCACACGUCUCUGGUAAUACGCUCAAGGCUGCCAUACAUUUGAACACACCCGAUCUUUUGGAAACCCUCCUCGCCGCUGACAGUGACGUUAAUAAGCGAUGCGAUCAUGAGGUUUGCGACAAACAAUACUCAGUGCUUGGAAUCGCCGUAAAGCGGAAUAAUGUACCGCUGACACGAAGACUUCUUUCUUUGGGCGCAAAAAUUGACGCAUGUCAGCAAGUCUGUUUUCCAAACUACACCGUUGAGAACUGGCAAAGCACAACGUUGGGGCUAGCAGCUAUAGAAGCAAACGAUUCUAUGAUCGAUCUUCUCCUCACUGCUGGUGCUGACGUCAAUCACAAAACGAGUGAAUCUUUCUAUGCACCACCACUUGUACUUGCCGUUGAAAAUGGUCACAAAAGACUCACCGAGCGUCUUCUUGAGGCAGGCGCUGAUGUGGCUUUAGCGGAUGCAACUGGUGGCAGUACACUUGUCCAACGGGCUCUUGCAGGAGACAACCAAGAAUUAAGCAUGGUUCUGGAGGCAAAUGGUGCUCGAGUCGAAUCAAAGUUCAUCGAGGACGAUUAUUCUUCAAGGUUGAUGCAAAAGGUUAGAGAUAAUGAUCUUGAAACCGUGAGGUAUCUGAUUGGCUGUGGAGCAAGAGUCAACGACACCCAUGGAGGAGACACCGUCCUCGGAGCAGCCGUGCGCCAGGGAAAUUGCGAGAUAGUGAAGAUUCUGCUGCGAGCCGGUGCCGUGAACAUCGGGGAGAAACUGGACCGUAUCGGUGAUGUGGAGACUGCAAUGCAUUUAAAGCAGCGAGGAAUGCUAUCAGGCAUCCUUCUGUCGAAUGGACAACAAAUCUUGGUGAAUGCCAUAAGGUCCGAUGAUAGCGGCUUGGUCCAGUUUUUGUUGGACUGUGGAGCGGACCAAGCAAGUGACAAUAUCGAACGUCGAAAGAAUCGGUUUCUGGAAUACGAUAGUCCAAGCACCCUCGGCAUACUCACCACUCCACUAGAACAAGCAACCCUUAAGGGUGAGCUUCAGCUGGCCGAAACCCUGGUGGAGCGAGGUGUCUCUAUAACCGAUUUCGAACUAUGUGAAGCAACAAGACGGUGUGGUCAUUAUGGGGAUUUUGAAUUCCUUAAUUUAUUCUUGCAUGGACUUGAUGGCCGCGCUUGUGCAGCCCCCAACUCAUAUGCAAGUGCAUUGUCGGCCUCUAAUUCUUCAUUUAUUGUUGCCCGCUUGUUGAACACUGGGUUAGACCCUCGAGGCAAAGUCAUAAUUUCUACUGACAACAUUAUUCAACGCAAAAGGCUAUCAUCUAUGUCCGUACUCGAUAUAGGAGCUAUGUUGGGAGAAAAAGAGCUCUUCCGCAGUUUGCUCAAUUUUGGGAACUGGGACAGUCAAACAAAGGGACAAGCUCUCGCCAUGUGCAUCGAUGGCGAAUGCAAAGAUCUUGUCCAAGAAUUAUUGGACGCAGGGGCCGAUGUGAAUCAUCAGGUACUAAUAGACGCGAGUUAUGUGACGCCGCUCGUUAUCGCAGUGCAAGCGCAGGACGUCUCUAUGAUUCUCAGUCUACUCACUGCUGGUGCCGAUAUUGGCUGGACUUCCCCCGAGACCUCAUCCGGCAAAGAUCUAACCAUCCUUCAACACGCAGUCAGCACUGGAGACAAGGAAAUUGUCGAGAUUUUAUUACAAGCAGGUGCGGAUGUCAAUGCACCAGCCUCCAGACACCUUGGAAAAUCUGCCUUACAGUGUGCGGCACACGGCGGUAACAUGGAGCUGGUCGAUACUCUUUUGAUGGCUGGGGCUACCAUUAAUCAAGAACCGGCGGAAGCAGGGGGGGCUACGGCACUCCAAUUUGCUUCCAUUCUAGGAUACAUCAAUAUUGCGCGCAAGCUGCUCAGCGAAGGCGCCGAAGUCGAUGCACCCAGGGCCCUGUACUGGGGUAGAACCGCAUUAGAAGGGGCGGCCGAAUUUGGUCGCAUUGACAUGCUACAGUUACUCCUCACUGAGGGGGCGUCAGUGCACGGACUCGCCAGGCGACAGUAUAUUAGGGCCAUAAAGCUUGCCGGGAGUCGCACGCAUUAUGCCGCGGCAAAGCUUCUGAGGGAUUUUGGGGGCUGGGGGGAGGAUGACGCUUGCCAGAUUGAACAGGAAGUUUUUGAUCUUGAUGAAUAUGAACGCAUAAAUGGUUAGCGAUCCUGAGAAAAUGAGGCGGCCGGAAAUUUUGUUCUUUUAUAUAGUUCAUUUCCUCGCAGUAUUAUCUUUUCAGCAUCCUUUGAUCGGAUAAAUCUAUCUAUCUUUCUAUCAGGAGAUGGGCGCGUUGUUCGCAUCCA